AUGUCGAUAACCUCGAUUCAGCAUUUCACCAGCUCCUUCUCUCCUUUUUCUUCAGCCACUCAGCCGGUCGGAAUGGCACAGUCUCAGCCGGUCGGGCUGGAUACGCUCGCCGAGGGCUCACAGUAUGCGCUGGAGCAACUACAACUGUCGCGAGAAGCCAAUGGGGCCAGUGCGGUGGACGGCAGCCCCCUCAGAAGCUCCAUCUCCAAGCCCCAAGGCCAGCGUCUCUACCGCGACGAUGCCGCGGCCCAACAAAACCCAACCGCCACAAGCGGUUUCAGGAGCCCGUCUCAACGGGAUCAGCUGGCAGAAGCUCGCUCGACGAUCCGCAAAAGUUCAACAUCCGGUCCCGUCCGCCGCAGAAUCAGUCGAGCAUGUGAUCAGUGUAAUCAACUCCGGACGAAAUGCGACGGGCAAAAUCCAUGCGCGCAUUGCAUUGAAUUUGGCCUGACCUGUGAAUAUGCUCGAGAACGCAAAAAACGCGGCAAAGCCUCCAAAAAGGAUCUCGCCGCCGCCGCGGCCGUAGCUAACAAUGGCACCGCACCGACGCCAAAUGGUAAUCCAGUCAACGACCCUGCAUCUUCAAAUAAACGGCACACUCCUUCGGACGGUCAAUCAUCGCAAGAGGUCGGCAGCAGGUACGAUCCAUCCUUCGAUGCCGCCCGAAACCUGACGACCGCCGGACAGUCGCAAAUAGGGCAGCAGUCUGAAAUGCCAGAGAUGGCGGGGAUGCAGGGCUCCCAACACACCCCGCACUCUCAGCCACCCCUAGGCGGUGCGAUCGAUGCCAUUCACCUGAAUCACCUCAACGCCUUCAAUGAAUCCAACCGGCCGCAGAUGUCUGUGCCAGAUCUUCGUUCAUUACAGAUGCUACACCCGUCCGGCGCAAAUCCCCGGUCUCCGUCGGCAGCCCUACCACCUCAAGGGUUGAACCCCGGCUAUAACGAUGGUGCUUACUCUCUGAUGAGCGCACAGGAAACGAAUCACCCUUCGAUCAACCAAUUCCGACUCGGUCACUCGGCCGAAAACCACCCGGCGCCUUUUCUAGGCCUAUCGCCGCCGGCACAAUCUCCGGGAUGGUUAUCGCUCCCUUCGCCAUCCCCUGCCAAUUUCGCUUCCUUUAGCAUACCGCCAUUCACUAGCACGUUGCGGUACCCAGUUCUGCAACCCGUCCUCCCUCAUAUCGCUUCAAUCAUUCCCCAGUCAUUGGCCUGUGAUCUCCUCGACGUCUAUUUCACGAGCUUCUCCCCCUCCCACCUAUCCCCUCAAUCCCCGUACGUGGUUGGGUACAUCUUCCGAAAGCAGUCGUUUCUCCAUCCCGCAAAGCCAAGGGUUUGCAGCCCUGGCCUAUUGGCAAGCAUGCUUUGGGUUGCCGCUCAAACUAGCGAGGCGGCGUUCCUAACUUCUCCCCCGUCGGCUCGGGGCAGAGUUUGCCAAAAGCUUUUGGAACUCACAAUUGGUCUACUCAGGCCGUUGAUCCAUGGGCCCGCUCCUGGGGAAACAUCCCCUAACUACGCUGCUAAUAUGGUCAUCAAUGGCGUGGCUCUUGGUGGCUUUGGAGUCUCCAUGGACCAACUUGGCGCGCAGAGUAGCGCAACAGGUGCCGUAGAUGACGUCGCCACGUACGUUCACUUAGCGACCGUGAUAUCUGCCAGCGAGUAUAAGGCAGCUAGCAUGCGUUGGUGGACCGCGGCAUGGUCCCUCGCUCGUGAGCUGAAACUGGGACGGGAAUUACCGCCAAAUGUCUCCCAGCCGAGGCAGGAUGGGGAGCCUGAGGACGAUACAGAUGCCGACAUGUCGAAACGUAACCUCCCUCCUCUAGUUACAUCGGUAGGAAACGGCUCUGGUAGUACAGCUCUCAAUGUUACCGAGGAGGAACGAGAAGAGCGCCGGCGCCUCUGGUGGUUAUUAUAUGCGACAGACCGCCACUUAGCGCUCUGCUAUAACCGUCCUCUGACAUUGCUGGAUAAGGAAUGUGCUGGACUUCUUCAGCCGAUGAACGAUGACUUGUGGCAAGCUGGUGAUUUUGCGGGUGCCACCUACCGACAGGUCGGCCCGCAAGUAGAGUGUACUGGGCACAGCAUGUUCGGCUUCUUCUUGCCCUUAAUGACAAUAUUGGGAGAGAUUGUAGACCUCCAACAAGCCAAGGAACACCCCCGGUUCGGCCGCGUCUUCCGAAAUAGUGCUGACUGGGACCACCAAGUGCUGGAGAUCACCCGUCAACUAGAUACAUAUGCUCAGAGCCUAAAGGAAUUCGAAGCCCGCUACACCAGCAGUCUAGCUCUUGGCGCAACGGAGAAUGAUGCAACGAUGGAAGGAUCCCACCUGGAUCAUGUGAGCCCAUCUGGCCAUUCGACUAGCACGGCCGGAUCGCGGGUGAACGAGUCUAUUGUACACACGAAAAUGGUAGUCGCCUACGGAACCCACAUUAUGCAUGUCCUACACGUCCUGCUGGCAGGCAAGUGGGAUCCUAUCAGUCUGCUUGAGGAUCACGAUCUCUGGAUUUCCUCGGAGUCGUUCAUCGCGGCGAUGAGCCAUGCUGUCGGCGCGGCUGACGCUGCUGCUGACAUAUUGGAGUAUGAUCCGGACAUCACAUUUAUGCCCUUCUUUUUUGGAAUAUAUCUCUUGCAGGGCAGCUUUCUACUGCUCCUGGCAGCCGACAAGCUUCAAGGUGAAGCCAGUCCUAGCGUCGUCCGCGCGUGUGAGACGAUUGUUCGUGCACACGAGGCUUGCGUCGUGACAUUGAACACCGAGUAUCAGAGGACGUUCCGCAAGGUCAUGCGUUCGGCUCUAGCGCAGGUACGUGGACGCAUGCCUGAGGACUUCGGCGAACAGCAGCAGCGCCGGCGGGAAGUGCUAGCUCUCUACCGCUGGACCGGUGAUGGCAGCGGCAUCCCUCCAGCCUUUCUGCUAGACGAAUAUAUCCCGCGUUACCAGCUUCUCAGUUCUAUCGAUGAAGCGAAGAAACGCUCCCGCGCAUACGCGCAUCUACAAGAAUGCAACCUAUGCCCCCGCCGCUGCGGAGUAAACCGGUAUAGAGAAACCGGGAUAUGCCUAAUCGGCGCAGAGACCGUCAAGGUCAACGUGAUCGCACCGCAUCGCGGCGAGGAACCAUGCAUUCAAGGAUUUAACGGCAGCGGCUCGGUUUUCUUCUCCGGAUGUAAUUUGCGAUGCGUGUUCUGCCAGAACCACGAUAUCGCCCACCAACGCAAUGGUUUCGACUUAACCCCCGAAGAACUAGCGGAUUGGUUCAUGAAACUCCAGCAAGUCGGACACUGCCACAAUAUCAACUUGGUCACACCGGAACAUGUGGUGCCCCAGGUUGCGCUGGCCAUUCUGACGGCGCGCGAUAUGGGUCUUAGAAUCCCUAUCAUAUAUAAUACGUCGUCGUUUGACUCUCUCGAGUCACUCGAGUUGUUGGAUGGUCUGGUGGAUAUUUACCUGCCGGAUUUUAAAGUCUGGAGAGACAGUACGUCGAAGCGGCUGCUCAAGGCUGAGGGGUAUACUGAGACGGCUAUGGAGAGCAUCAAGGCCAUGCAUAAACAGGUCGGCGAUUUGUGUUUUACGUCUGAUGGAAUUGCUAAGAAGGGGGUUCUGUUGCGACAUUUGGUCAUGCCCGGUAAGGAGGAUGAGGGUCGAGAGAUUAUGCGCUGGCUGGCGGAGAACGUAUCUAAGGAUCUCUACGUGCAUAUUAUGGAGCAGUAUCACCCGGAUGCGCAUGUGGGGAAGAAGAAGAAGAAGAAGAAGGGCUCGACGGGGAAUGCAAACGGAGAGGAGCAGGCUGAGGUGCGGUAUGCGGAGAUUAAUCGCGCUGUUCGUGAUGAUGAGCUUGGCUCUGUCAGGGAUGCGGCUGUUGCGGCUGGGCUUUGGAGGUUCUGCGAGGCGAAUGAAGAUAGCUCGAUGUUUCACCUAUGA